GGCGGUACGGGUGUCUUUUUGGAACACGUGGGUGAGCUUGGAGUUGGGUGGACCGCAUUUCGCCGCUGCAGCCAUGGAAGAAGCGAAGCCGAGCCCCGGACAGGCAGUCGAGGCAGAAGCCGGGUCCGAAUGGAACAUUCCGCCCAACGCUCCCGCCUGCAUGGAGCGCCACCUGGACGGGGCCCAUUACCGAACAGAUGGUUCUCUGCUCCUGGGUGCAUCCAGUUUGAGUGGACGUUGCUGGGUUGGUUCUAUUUGGGUAUUCAAAGAUCCGUCAAAAGCUCCUAAUGAAGGCUUUUGUUCUGCGGGUGUUCAAACUGAAGCAGGAAUAGCAGAUCUGAAAUGGGUAGCAGACAAAGGAAUCUUGGUAGCUUCAGAUUCAGGUGCUCUAGAACUUUGGGAGCUGGAUGAGAACGAGACUCUGAUAGUGAACAAAUUCUGUAAAUAUGAGCAUGACGACAUCGUGACGACUGUCAGUGUCCUUUCCAACAACACACAGGCCAUCAGUGGCAGCAAAGAUUUCAGCGUGAAGAUCUGGGAUAUCCCUCAACAAACAGUACUCAGCACAUAUAGAGCUCAUUCUGGUCAAGUGGCCUGUGUGGCCUCCUGCCCCGGAAAAGAUACAGUGUUCCUGUCCUGCGCUGAGGACAACAGGGUUUUACUCUGGGAUACCAGAUCUCCAAAACCAGCAGCUCGAAUCGCCUGCAAUGCCUCUAGUAACCUUUCUACCUCACUGGUAUGGCAUCCACAUCAAAAUGACACUUUCGUAUUGGGUGAUGAAAGUGGGAUGAUCGUACUUAUAGACACAAAGAAUCCAGAUACAGUCAUCAGUUCAGCUGUGCAUUCCCGCAGCAUCACUGGAUUUGCUUUUUCUACACACAGUUCACCUCUGCUGGCUUCUAUCAGUGAAGAUUGUUCCACUGUUGUUCUUGACUCCAGUUUUUCAGAAGUUUUUAGGAAUCGGUCUCAUCGAGACUUCGUAACAGGCUUAUCAUGGUCUCCCUUGAAUAAAAACUCAUUGACAACAAUUGGAUGGGACCAUCAGGUUCUACAUCACACAGUCCCAACGCAGAAUAACCACCGUUCUGGAAAAAACGACAUAAUCACUGCAUAGCUUGUAUUUCCUUGGUCCUUUCCUCUGGAAUGGCUGCUUUUUUUCUUUUUGGGUUAAGUCAUGGAGCUAAGUAUGCUGUUUGCAGCAAAGAACGGUCCUGUAACAAUUUCAAGUUAGAUGAACAGGAGAUGCCUACCAGCAACUUAUUACAUCCAGUCAAAUUCUGCAGGAAACUGAAGUUUUAUAGUGAGAUGCACAAUAAUGCAAAUCGUAAAAGUAUCAACUUCAUUUAAUUUUUGUUCAGUGAUACUUCAUACAACCUCCAGAGUUGUGGAGAUGCGUGUUUUUCUUUGUGUAUUUUUCUUUUAAUGUGGAAUAAAUGUUGCAGAGCUUUCUGGACUUGCCUGCCAGAUUUUAAUUGAAAGGUAACAGUUAUGAUUUAACAUACUCAGUUCACAUUUGCUUUUAUAGCAUAUAUUUCAACACAGUUGUGAAUGCUUGAAUUUGGCAUAUUCUAGUUGGGGAAUCCUCUGGUAUGCAACAAAAAAAAUAUCUCCAGUUGCCAUUCCUGAUACAGAAUUUCUUAUACUUUCAACUGAAUAAUAAAAUCCAAGAGUUUUCUUCAAUUUCUGUUUCUUGAACAGCAACUCUUUCCACGGACCUCUAGCAUACAUUGUAGACAAAACAUCACCUGUAACAAUAGCAAGAUGCAUACAAAAUAAUUUUUGGCUUAACUUUAGGAUGUACCAUUUAAAAGGAGGAGGACACAAAAGUUGGAAAAAGUUGGUUCAAAAAAAUACUCUGCAUAAGAUACCUUUUUUGGUCUUGGCCCAGCCUUUUAAACUACCUUUUUUCCACAUCUUUCCCUAAAGAGCGGCUGCUUCAGAAAGUCACAUUAGUUAGAACUUCCAUCUGUUUUUUCAGCUGAUGUAUACUUAAUUUUUCAUUCUGCUUUUUUUCCCCAGUCUUUGAUGAGUAAUACGACCAAAAAAAGGGGGGGGUAUUCUUGUAAGUUCUGGUAAGCUUGAAAGGAAAUGUAGUUUGCUUUUAAGUUGCCUUACAAUCCUCAUUAGAAAAGCCUUCCCAAGUGGGCUUUCUCCAGAAACACUGAGAUUGCACUUCCCAUAGUUCCAGGAUAUGCUGCCUAAGAAUUCUGGGGAUAACAGGGCAUUAGCUUAGGGGAAGCUGCUCUAGAGACUCUUCUGCAUGUUCCUUUACUUUGCUACUUGGCAGGAAGACUUUGGAGAUGUUUACGACUCAUGUUUUGGUUGAGCAUUUGGAAAUGCAGGGAGGGAGGAGAGAGAGCCUCACUGAAUCUGAUUGCUUUAAUUUAGAUUGUAUAACACAGCCGGGUAAACGUGCAUCUGAAUGGAAAAAGGAAAUUGGGUAUUCUGAAAUUAUCAAACAUUCCAGGAUUCCUUUGGUGUAAAUCAGGUUUGAAGUCUUGCAAACUCCUACUGGGCGCAUUUCUUCAGUAGGAGCUUUCACUUUUUGGGGAAGGCGUAGAAACAGACAAGUUUGGUGUGAAAUCUUAGCUGUUGGUGUUGUCCACAGUUGAUUUCUAAACAAGUAGGCUUUUGUACAUGCAAUGUAUUUUUUUUCACUGUAUUCAGGCCCAAAUUCCAUCAUGGAAUAAAAGUUGUAAAGUAGGCAUGUUGAUGUGGCACAUCAUGGUUUUGUAAUGAGAUGCUAGUAGAACUUCUGGAGAAGGUAGAGAAAUGUUAUAGUUAUUUGAUGUUCUUAACAAGUGCUAUUCCAUGACUUCUGCGGAAUACGAAAUGCAUGAUGGCCAUACUCAAAUGGAAGGCAGUUUUUAAAAUAAACUACUUCAUUUUUAAA